GAGAGAGCCCUUGGCUUUCCGGCUGCAGGUUGGCGCGGCGCAUCAUAACACAAGAAAGAAGCUUCUUGACGCAGGGGGAGAGGAGAGGAGAGGAGAGAAGGAUUACCCGCCUAGUCCAGUCCUCGUGCUCCAUCGUUCACGCCCGCCAACCCCACCACCACCACCACCACCACCACCAGCCGUGCUCGUGCAUUGCAAUUUGCCGGCGUUUCUUUUUCUUUUCUGGAGCAAGUUUCAUCUUUUUCUCAUUCCCAUUCCAUUCGGUCACGACUCGCUCCUUCUUCCCAUUUGCCUUCUUCCCUUUGGCCCUCACUGCCUCCCUAUAUAUACUCGUCGCUGCACGGUCGCCGACCUCCCGUCCCCUCCUCUCCCCUGCCUGCAUUCCUCCAAUCCAUCUCCAUCUACUUAUCGAUCCAUCCUAGGGGAAUUAGAGAAGAAAGAUCGCAAUGGGCGGGGCUGACGGGGUGGCCAAGCCUGUGGCGGCGAUGGUUGUGGUGCAGGUCAUCUUCGCCGGCGUCAACAUCUUCUACAAGCUCGCCUUGUGCGACGGCAUGGACAUGAGGGUCCUCAUCGCCUACCGAUACCUCUUCGCCUCCGCCGUCCUCGCGCCGCUCGCCUACUUCAUCGAGAGGAGGAACCGAACAAAGCUGACGUGGAGGGUGGUGGUGCUGUCUUUCAUCUGCGGCCUCACCGGGGGUUCGCUGGCGCAGAACCUGUACAUCUCCGGCAUGAAGCUCACCUCCGCCACCUUCGCCUCCGCCAUGACUAACCUCAUCCCGGCCAUCACCUUCGUCCUCGCCCUCCUCUUCCGCUACGAGAGUAUCGCCGUCCGCACCUUCUCGGGCCAGGCCAAGGUCGCCGGCACCCUCCUCGGCGUCGGCGGCGCCAUGCUGCUCACCUUCUACAAGGGCGCCGACAUCACGCCCUGGGCCAGCCACAUCGACCUCGUCACCGCGGUCACCGCGCACGCGGAAGCGGCGGCCGGGCUGCACCCCACCGUGGAGGCCACCAACCGGGUCAUGGGCUCGCUGCUCGUCAUCGGCAGCUGCUUCUUCUACGCGCUCUGGCUCAUCCUCCAGGCCAAGCUCAGCAGGGAGUACCCGUUCCACUACUCCAGCACCGCCCUGAUGUGCCUCAUGAGCACGCUGCAGUCCAUCGCCUUCGCGCUCUGCUACAACAGGGACGUCGCGCAGUGGCGACUCGGAUUCGACAUCAGGCUCCUAUCCGUCGUCUACUCGGGCGUUCUUGCGUCAGGGGUGAUGCUGGUGGUGCUGUCAUGGUGCGUGAAGCGGCGGGGUCCUCUGUUCGCGUCGGUGUUCAACCCGCUGAUGCUGCUGGUGGUGGCCGUGCUGAGCUCCCUGCUGCUGGGCGAGAAGCUGCACCUCGGGAGCGCGCUGGGCGCGGUGCUCAUCGUGAUGGGGCUCUACGCUGUGCUGUGGGGGAAGGGCCGCGAGACGGCGACCGAGGCGGCCAAGGUCGGCGAGCUGCCUGAUGACGACGGCGGGCGAAUCGACGUGGUCGUGCAGCGCCUCAGCAACUGCGCGCAGCAAUGUCAAUCCGAUCAGCAGCCCCGCGACGGCGCGGAGAUGGCGCAUGCAGUCUCAGCCUGGGGACGAUAAGUGGAGGCUGCAGGAGCAGCAGCAGCGGUCGACGACGAGAUGAACUCAACUGAUCCGCCGUAGAAUUGCAUUGCCUUGGAUUGGCGCAUCAUGCAUGGAAUUCCAUCGAUCUGUCUCAAGAUCGACGAUAUAUAUGUAGAUAGAAGCGGCGUAGUUGCGAGAUAGAAUCAAUUAACAAGUGGGCGUGCUUUAGUUUGUGCCCCCUUGAAUUUUGGUUGUUGACUACACAAGCACAGAAGAUGGAUCAUACCGGAGGAGAAUCAGCCAGGACUAGUACGUGAUCAGACAGGGUACGGUGAAGAACAAAACGGUCCAUGGCCGACGGACGACACCAGAUUGUUGGGUUCUGUGAUAGCUCUGUUUGCAUACUAUCUCUAUUCUGAAACAGAUGUUGUCUUAGGAAGGUAGUUUUAUUCUUAAAUAGAUGUCAUUUUAGAUUUUUUUAUAUGAUGUUUUU